AUCCGGGCGGGGAGCGGGGCCGGGCCUCGCCCGCCGAGCGCGGCCUGUCAGCGCCCCCGCCCCGCCGGGCACCGGCCGCCGCCGCGGCGCGGGGGAGGGGGCCGCCGGGGUUCCCCCGCCGCCACUAGGCCACUGGGCCGGCCGGGGCCGCGGGGCAGCCAUUUGGUGGCCGCUCCGAAAUGACGGCGAGAGCCAUGGCCGGGCACAGGUGCGCGGCCGGUGGCUGCUGACAGCGGCCUGGCGGAGGGGGGCGAGGCCCGGCGAGGCAGCUCCGCGCUCCCUGCGCUGGCACCGGCGAACGGGAGGAGGUGAGGACGCCGGUUACCUGCCCGCAGCCCUGUCGGGAGCCGGGGCGCCGAGCGGCCCGCUGUGCGGGGUCCUGCAGUGCGGGGGUGCCCGCAGUGUGCCCCCUCCUGCGGAGCUGGGCUUGAGUGACGGUGGCGAAGAGUCACGGUGGAAAAUAGGCCUUAGCACUGCAGCCGUCGUGUCACGUUUAAAGUGUCUUAAACAAAAAAAAAAAAAAAAAAAAACCAAAACAACUGAGCAGGAAAAGCGUGUCUUGGUUCUGCUGAUGCUGAGGUGCACUGGGGAUUUGAAGUUAAGUGUAGAAGUCAGCACAAAGCGUAGGAAAGGGCAGCCGGGUGAUUGGGGAGCGAUGAGUAUUCGGUUACAGGCAGGGUUCACUGUGAAUGGCAUGUGCCUUUAAUGAGAAAAUAAUCACAAAAUUUGGGCUGACAACCAGGGAAAUUUCUGAUGUUGGUCUCCUUCCCUGUAAGUGCAAACUUAAGAUUUUGUUUGGGUUUAAUUAUAAUUCCUGUGCCCGCUCUUGUGAUCGUACUUUCAUGCCUAUUGUCGCUAUAUCACAGUGUUGAAACGAAAAUGAAAAACAGCUCUUCAGAUUACAAGGGUGUAAACUUGUAGUUGUGGCAGAAAAGAUCUUACUUGAAAGGAGAACCAACAAGUACAAUUGUAAAUCUUCUGAACCAAAAUACUGUUACUUGCCCUUUGGUCUGUGUUAAACAUCUGUAGACAUUCCAGAAAUUGAAGCUUGUGUUGCUAGUAUAAGUAUUGUUCCAUGAAACACUGAAUUUUUAAUUUUUGUAAUUAAUCAGUUUCCCAAAACCUGCAUGUCUCUUUAAUGAACUUUUUCUUGUUUCUGCAAUGUAAGCAGAGCUUUCCACAAGAAAAGAUUUCUUACUAACUCACAUGCCUGUCUUUUUUGAGGUCAUGGCCAUUUAUCUCCAAAAUAAUAAAUUCCAACAAGUUUAGUGUCGGUACUUGAGAUACCUCAAAGUUAAGUCCUAGUCUUGAGUGUUGAUCUCUUGUUUAAGGCUUUGUUGAUUUACAAUAGAUAGAAUUUUUUCAGGAUCCAAAGGGUAGUAAUCAGCAGCAUUUGUUUUGUUAGGUGUGCAUCCCAUUUUGUUUGGUAAGAUUUUGUAUGCCUCUUAAUGGGAUAAAUAGAAGUAGUCUCUCCUUACUGACUGGACAAUCUUAAUGAAAGGGGAAAAAAAAUCUCUAUCUGUGGGCACAUCGAGCUAUUCUCUAUGAACUUCAAAAAGACUUUCCAACUCCUAUGGAACCCUCUGUUUCUCGCCUAUGUCUCAGAAUGGAAUUAGUAUUUCAUUGAAAUUAUUUGGAAAAUAUUAGAAUAUCGAAUUUCUCUUCUGUAAAAUGUAUACUUUAAGUGUGGAGGUCAUGGAUUUUUUUUUAAGAAGCAUGGGGAGCUAAGCCAUACACAAGACUCCAUAUUCUCUGAAAAUAUUAGUGAGGAGUAAGGAAUUCUUCAGUGUAUAUCUUCUUGAAGUAAUUAUGUCAAAAUAGAUCUGCUUAGAAAUAGAUGCCUUUCUUUGCAUUCAGCGUAAGUUCAGCUGGUUUUGGUGGCAAAGAAAUUUUUUCAUUUUUUUGCCCUUCAGUUAGUCCUGAAAAGUCAAUACUGUUACAGGAGCUGAAUUUGUAUCAGGCUUGUGGCAAGGACAAACUCUCCUUUCAGUGACACCUACGAAACACACACAAAAAAAAACCAACCACCACAGUGCCAUUACAUAAGUAUAUAGGAAACUUUUAAAAUGUAGUAACAGGAUUUCUGCUAGCAACACUUGAACAGGAAAGAGCAGGUGUGAACUGUUGAGGAUACACUGAGUAGUGCUGGUUUGAAGGGUGAUUUACCUCUGAACUUUGGCAGUCACAGAGCAACCCUGAACUUUAUUUUGUAUUAGUUAAUUGUACCACUGUUAAUAGGUAAUUACUCUUCAGUGUUUUAAGGAGGCAGAGGGGAUCUAGGGUUUUAAUUCCGUUAAGAAGAUAGCAAGUAAAGCAUCCUGUAGGUGUGUUGGCAAGACAUAGUCUGGAUAGACAUAUGUAUUCAUAUAUAUUUAGGACAUGAGGAAAUGGAAUGAAGCUGUGUCAGGGGAAGCGUGACUGGAUGUAGGAAAGGUUCUUCACUGAUAAGGUGGUCAGUCCCCGGCCAGGCUCCCCAGGGAAGCGGUCACGGCAGCAUGCUGGCAGAGUUCAGAAGCGUCUGGGCAAUGCUCCUAGUCAUACAUAAGGUUUAGAUUUAGGUAGUCGAAGGAGCAGGGAGCUGGACUCGAUAAUCCUUGCAGGUCCCAUCUAACUUGAGAAAUACUAUGAUUCUAGUAUGUCACCAAGAUUUCUCUUGAUGAUAACUUCUCUGGAAUUUGAAUUGGGCUGUAGAUACUCCCAGUAGCAUUAAUGUUCAGUGAAAAAAAUUGCAUUGGAAUACUAUCUUUAAUGGUCUGCUUUAUAUAUAGAAUUUGCAUGUGAUAUAAAGAGAUUUACAUGUGACAGGUAUUAUGGAAUACAGAAAUAAGCAAGUCUGCUCUGUAAAGAGGAUUUAUUUUAAUUUCAAGCCGUCAUAGCUGAAUGAUGCAAAGCUGUUAUGGGGAUGGCCCUUUUCUAAGCCUUUAAUGAAGCUAGUUCUUUAGAUCUGUAGAUGAUGGCAGUCGAAGAGAAAUGAAAAAAAUAUUCUAGCCCUUUCAGAGAAUAAUUUAAUACUGAUAAUUUGAUUGCAUGGACACUUAAGUUUUUGACCCAGUCAGGAUUCUUUCAGAACUAUAGAAUUUACGAAGGAAGACUUGAAAAAACUACCUCCUUGUAGUGCAAACAAACAAUUAAUCUACAUAAAUGGAGAAUUGUAAUGGAGAUAACUCAAAAAAAGGAAAAUACCAUGAUCUCUGCAGUCAACAUUAAGCGCAAGUGAGGAUCAAUGACUCCUCAAUUUAGUGAUUAAAAAUCAAUUGAAUUCUAAAAUUAAGGCUUAAAUCCAGAGUGAGAUUGUAAUUGAACUACCUUAAUUUGUGAAAUUGCCAUAUAAUUUCACAAGUUUUUCAAGAUUUUCUUCGUCUGUAGAGAAGACUUGCCUUUGUUCAGCACUGACAGAAUUAUUCAAUGUCAUGUUCUCAUACAAACUCUGCUCAUUAGACAUUCCUCAGCCGGUGUCCCACAGGGGACCUGAUCAAGUAGACCUGAGCAGGGCAGGCCUAACAUGGAGCUGCAAGACCACCACUUCUGUUCAGAAACAUGGCUGCUCGUGGUACUGCUGCUUUUUUUUUUUUUUUUUUUUUUUUUCCCCUAGGCAUUUGCCUAGGCUGGGAAGGAACUGAGUUCAAGCCUUCAACUCUUCCUUUGAAAAGGGAUGAAACUUGCUUAUCUCACAUUUUGGUAAAUGCCCUGACUCUGGACAGUGUGCAGCUUUGAAGGGGAUCGCUCCCUGCCUCAUGUUGAACCUGUUUCCCUUUGAAGAGAAGAAAGUUUUCUUAGGUUGAGACCCAUGCUCACCAUGCUGCCUAGGAACUGGGGCAUGCAGCUGGAGAGGAGGCACUGAAUUUUUUUGCUCCUUGUUCAAAGAACCAUACCUAGCUUUUAUCCAAUAUCUGAACAGUAAAAACACCAAAGUGAUCUUUAAACCUGAAGCAAAAUCCAAGUUGUCUGCUUGGGCAGCUGAAGGUGAGGAUGCAGUUGUCUUUGACUAUUCAGUCCUUUUUUGUGUGAGGAACAGCUUCAAGGGGGAGGGACUGAAAUUGCCCUGUCUCUAAAUGUAUGUGUUUGGAUGCUUUUUUUGUAAGAUGAAAACAUAGGUUAAAAGUAUUUAAAAGUAAUUGAAUUUGUAUCUCUUGGUGUAGGUGAGAAAUCUAGUCAGUGAAUUAAGAUGUAAAGGCAGACCAUUAACUAAAGAAAUCCCUGUGUUUGUGUAAAGUUGUUGAACUCCUGAUGUAAUUAACUUGUGUGGAGAUCUCCUUCUGGUGUUAGGCUUCUAAGCCCUGGAUAAAGGUAGAUUUUUAAGAUAAAGCAUUGUCAUCAGAAUUUCUAAUUAGCUAGUCCACGGAACAUUCAGCUCAACAUGCUGGCUCAGUAUCCUGCCACAGGGUUCUGAAACCUCUCCUUGCCUUGCUUAAUGAGUACUGAUACUGAACUCAAGAGGCCAAGUGCCAAAGGUUUGACAUUGUCUUCAUAAAUCAAGCCCUCUGUCUUUAAAGGUUUGUUGGAAUUCCUGCAGAUGUGUCACAUCUCUGCCUUCCAAAUAGCCCUUUAUUGUAUCUGAACAAAAUGUGAUGUUUUUUGGCUGGGUUCUGGUUGGCAGGUGCGUUUAUGCUGAUAGAUCAGAAAAGUAGACAGGCAGAUAACUGCUGAGCCUGGUGCUGAAGCCUUUCCUGAGAAGCAUGUGAAUUUGGAAGUUUUUCCACAUACCAGUUUUCAUGGAAUCGACGUGCAUUUCAGACAUGAUGCAUCUCCUACCACAUCUGCUCAAAAGUGGUCCAGGGGACCUGAGGUUCAUGUGGGAGAGGAACAGACUAAUAGAACAGCAUGAUCACCUAAGCUUGGUUUCUUUAGAAACUGCCAAAACAUAGUACAGUGAAAUAAUGGUCUGCUAGCCUGCUAAACAAGUGUCCAGCUUCCACAAUGCCUGUGCAGGCAGCUCAGUGGACAGAAUUUCUGUCCUGCCCAAUCUGCUACAACGAGUUUGAUGAGAAUGUGCACAAACCCAUCAGCUUAGGUUGCUCUCACACUGUCUGUAAGACCUGCCUGAACAAGCUUCAUCGCAAGGCAUGUCCUUUCGACCAGACUGUCAUCAAUACAGACAUCGAUGUGCUUCCUGUAAACUUUGCACUCCUCCAGUUAGUUGGAGCCCAGGUACCUGAUCAUCAGACAGUAAAGUUGAGUAAUGUAGGAGAGAACAAACAUUAUGAAGUAGCAAAGAAAUGUGUUGAGGAUUUGGCACUCUACUUAAAGCCAUUAAGUGGAGGAAAAGGUGUUGCAAGCUUGAAUCAGAGUGCACUGAGCCGUCCAAUGCAAAGGAAGCUUGUGACACUGGUGAAUUGUCAGCUGGUGGAGGAAGAGGGUCGCGUUAGAGCUAUGAGGGCAGCUCGAUCACUGGGAGAGAGAACUGUUACAGAACUGAUCUUGCAGCACCAAAAUCCUCAGCAGCUUUCUGCCAAUCUCUGGGCUGCUGUCAGGGCACGAGGAUGCCAGUUUCUAGGACCAGCUAUGCAGGAGGAGGCACUGAAACUUGUAUUAUUGGCACUGGAAGAUGGCUCUGCACUCUCAAGAAAAGUUCUGGUACUUUUUGUUGUGCAAAGGCUAGAACCAAGAUUUCCUCAGGCCUCUAAAACAAGCAUUGGUCAUGUUGUGCAGCUACUGUAUAGAGCCUCGUGCUUUAAGGUCACUAAAAGGGAUGAAGAUUCUUCUCUGAUGCAACUUAAAGAAGAGUUUCGGAGUUAUGAGGCUUUGCGGAGAGAGCAUGAUGCCCAAAUAGUUCACAUCGCCAUGGAAGCAGGACUUCGAAUAUCACCAGAACAAUGGUCUUCCCUUCUUUAUGGUGACUUGGCACAUAAAUCACACAUGCAAUCCAUUAUUGACAAGCUCCAGUCACCAGAAUCUUUUGCAAAGAGUGUACAAGAAUUGACAAUUGUCUUGCAGCGCACAGGCGAUCCUGCAAACUUAAACAGGCUGAGGCCUCAUUUAGAGCUCCUGGCAAACAUAGAUCCAAAUCCAGAUGCAGCAUCUCCAACAUGGGAGCAGCUGGAAAAUGCAAUGGUCGCUGUAAAGACUGUGGUACAUGGGCUGGUGGAUUUCAUUCAGAAUUAUAGUAGAAAAGGCCAUGAAACUCCACAGCCACAACCAAAUAGCAAAUAUAAAACAAGUAUGUGCCGAGACCUUCGACAGCAAGGGGGAUGUCCAAGAGGAACAAACUGUACAUUUGCUCAUUCUCAGGAAGAGCUUGAAAAAUAUCGCUUGAGGAACAAAAAAAUCAGUGCAACAGUGAGAACAUUCCCCCUUCUAAAUAAAGUUGGCGUAAAUAGCACUGUCUCAACCACAACAGGAAAUGUAAUUUCUGUCAUAGGAAGCCCUGAAGCAACAGGGAAAAUGGUGCCAAGUACUAACGGAAUAGGUAAUCUAGAAAGUGGUGUUCCCCAGUUGAUCCCUCGCUGUGCAGACACCUCCUUGAGAGCUUUGGAGAACACCAAGAAGGGAGGGAAGACCGGAGCCAAUGGCCAGAAUGUUUCUGGAUCCCCUACAGAAUCACUACCUGAAAAUAAAAUUGGUUCUCCACCCAAGACUCCUGUAAGCCAGGCAGCAGCUACCUCAGCUGGUCCUCCUAAUAUUGGAACAGAAGUUAAUUCUGUGCCUCCAAAAUCCAGCCCGUUUGUUCCCAGAGUACCUGUCUACCCUCCACAUUCUGAUAAUGUUCAAUAUUUCCAAGAUCCCAGGACUCAGCUGUCAUAUGAAGUUCCACAGUACCCGCAGACAGGAUAUUAUCCACCACCUCCAACAGUACCAGCUGGUGUGGCUCCCUGUGUUCCUCGCUUUGUGAGGUCCAAUAAUGUUCCAGAAUCCUCCCUCCCACCUGCUUCCGUGCCAUAUGCCGAUCAUUACAGUACAUUUCCCCCUCGAGAUCGACUGAAUUCUCCUUACCAACCUCCUCCUCCGCAGCCGUAUGGACCAGUUCCUCCUGUCCCUUCUGGAAUGUAUGCUCCAGUUUAUGACAGCAGGCGCAUCUGGCGCCCACAGAUGUACCCACGAGAUGAUAUUAUUAGGAGCAAUUCUUUACCUCCCAUGGAUGUGAUGCACUCAUCUGUCUAUCAGACAUCAUUACGUGAGAGAUACAACUCUUUAGAUGGGUAUUACUCUGUGGCUUGUCAGCCUCCAAACGAACAGAGGACUGUGCCUUUACCAAGGGAGCCUUGUGGUCAUUUGAAGACUGGUUAUGAUGAGCAAUUAAGACGGAAGCCGGAGCAAUGGGCACAGUACCACACGCAGAAAACUCCUCUGGUAUCGUCAGCCCUUCCUAUGGCAACACCAUCUCCAACACCACCUUCUCCUCUCUUCAGUGUAGAUUUCAGCACAGAGUUCUCAGAGAGUGUCAGUGAUUUGAGUGGAACUAAAUUUGAGGAAGACCAUCUCUCUCACUAUUCACCGUGGUCUUGUGGCACUAUUGGCUCUUGUAUAAAUGCUAUCGACUCAGAGCCCAAGGAUGUGAUUGCCAAUUCAAAUGCCGUGUUAAUGGAUUUGGACAGCGGGGAUGUUAAAAGGAGAGUGCAUUUAUUUGAAACUCAGAGACGGGCAAAGGAAGAAGAUCCUAUAAUCCCGUUUAGCGAUGGACCGAUCAUCUCCAAGUGGGGUGCAAUCUCCAGGUCAUCCCGCACGGGUUAUCACACGACAGAUCCUAUUCAGGCCACUGCUUCCCAAGGAAGUGCUACUAAACCCAUCAGUGUAUCAGAUUAUGUCCCUUAUGUCAAUGCUGUUGACUCAAGAUGGAGUGCCUAUGGUUCAGAUUCUACUUCAUCUGCACGUUACGCAGAACGGGACAGGUUCAUAGUUACAGAUUUGUCUGGUCACAGAAAGCAUUCCAGCACUGGAGAUCUGUUGAGUAUUGAAUUACAGCAGGCCAAAAGUAACUCAUUAUUACUUCAGAGAGAGGCAAAUGCACUAGCCAUGCAGCAGAAGUGGAAUUCUCUAGAUGAAGGCAGUCGUCUUACCUUAAAUCUUUUAAGCAAGGAAAUUGAUUUGAGGAAUGGUGAGACUGAUUAUACUGAAGACUGUGCAGACACAAAGCCAGAUCGAGACAUUGAACUGGAGCUGUCAGCCCUUGAUACCGAUGAACCUGAUGGGCAAGGUGAACAAAUAGAAGAGAUUCUGGAUAUACAGCUAGGUAUUAGUUCUCAAGAUGAUCAGCUGCUCAAUGGAACAACUGUAGAGAAUGGGCAUCUGCUAAAGCAGCACCAGAAAGAAUCUAUGGAACAGAAGAGACAAAGUUUAGGUGAAGACCUUGUGAUUCUGGAGGAGCAGAAAACAAUCCUGCCCGUAACUUCUUGCUUCAGUCAGCCGAUCACAACAUCUGUUAGCAAUGCAAGCUGCCUGCCCAUCAGCACAUCAGUCAGUGUUGGCAGCCUCAUUUUGAAAACUGCUCACAUUAUGUCUGAGGAUAAAAAUGACUUUUUAAAGCCUGUUGCAAAUGGCAGGAUGGUUAACAGCUGAAAGGCAUUCAUCUUUCCAGCUUGUGACCACACCAUGGAAGCAUUUACACUAGCUUUUUAUAUAUAUAAUAUAUAUUAUAUAAUGUAUAUUUUUUUUAAAAAAAAUAAUAUUGGGGUCAUGCAUUUCCUGUGGACUCUUUGAUACUUCAAGCCCCUCUCGCAUUAGCAUUCUGAAGAAAAAAAAAACUUACUUUACUAGGGUAAGGUGUUCACUUUCCACAAAUGAAUGGAAUUUGGACAUUGUUUUACUUAAGCUUAAAGCAGCUUUUUAUGAGUUUGUAGCAAUCCGGUGCGGUAUCUGAGCCAUUCUUGUUUAAAAUGGCUUCUGUAGAAAACUAACAACUCAGUUAUUUAAACUAGCAGGAUCCUACGAUGAUACAUCUAGUGAAAGGAAGACUAACUUAUUUGUCUCUAUUUUGUUUAAUGAGAGAAGAACUUGUGUCUUGUUGCAGCUGCUUUUUCUUUAGUUGUGGAACUUUGCAUGGAGUAUUGUUUCCUGUUUGAAGACUGAGAGGUGGAGAUUUGGACUUAAGACUUUUACAGGGUUAACACACCAUUAGCUUUGCACUGCUACGUUAUUUGCAGGUCUGUGGUGCAGUGCUCUGCUGCAGCUUUUUGUUUCCAUUCCCACCCCACCCCCAAUUUCUGCUUUAGUACUGUAGAUACACAUACACAGGCUACUUGUCCAAGUGAAGUUAUCAGAAGUAAACCAAGUGCCUAAGUCCUCCAGCUGAUGUACUAGGUAUUGAUUUCCCCAAGUUAUACGUGAAACAAUUUUCAACCAUUUUGAGAGGUUAUGCACUAAUGUAACAGCAAUUUUGGGUUUUCUUUUUUUUUUUUUUUUAUUAAUAGUUCUCAACUUGGAGAUUAUAGAAUCCAGAUGACUUGGCAAAAAGUAUCAGGUGCUCUUGGCUUUCCUUUGAAAACCCUGUAUGUAGUGUUUGCACUGACUAACAAGAUGGUGUUGCUGUUUUUUGUACUGUUUUUUUUAUUUAAACUAAAUAUUGGGAAUUUAAGGCGGUUGUAUUACCUUUGUUAAAUGUUGUUAAUCAUAAUUUUAUAUUCAGGUUUAAUUUUUGCUUGUUCAGUGGCAACUUAUUUUCAAAGACCUUGAAAAUACAAUAAUAUAGCAUUAUCUGACCUUCAGAGUACUGAAAAAUAUAUGAAUUUAUGCCCUGUUAAGAUGUGACACAGAACCAUGUUAGACAUGUCAACUGAAAAUUGUUUUUUGUAACUAUACACAAACUAGAGCCCUGGGCGUAUGUUUUUGAGAAGCUGAAAAAUCCACUUUUUUUUUUUAAAAAGAAAACAGGACUCUCUCUCCUGAUGAUUACUAUCUUCUUUGUCCUGUUACUUUUUUUUGUGACAAGUUUUACUUUUUUUUUAUGUUUUUAUUAACUUCUGUGAAGUUGUUUAAUCUGAAAAUUGUACUGGAAUAUUUUAAGCCAAGCUGAUCUUUCACCAGGUGUACUGCAUGUAAGGGCUUUUCCUGCUAGCAAAAUGCUUAAAGAGGAUCAUGUUACUGGUCGUCUGAGUUGUUAUUUUACAAAAUCACAGCUAUGUGGUCGGGUAAGAUUUUGAUAAUUGUUUUGUGCACGCUUCUGGGGGGUGGGGGUUGGCAUUUCCCUGAGGGUUACUGAUUAGACUAAGUAAAUAUUGGUGUUUGAUAUCUCUCCUAAUGAACCUGUCCAUGAAAUAAUUAUGUUGUAAAUAUACCUGAAAAUCCAAGGGUUAGUUUUGAUAUUCUGGUGUCAGUAUGGAAGAUCUUACACAUCUAUUUAAUACUCAAAUGUAAAGGAAUGUAUGUAGAAAAACAGUCAAGUAGUCUUUUCUUAGUUUCCUUUGGCUGUUGCUGUACCUUCCUAUAGCCAGUGCCACCUCAUAGCUAGGGUUAGACUGAUGCUUUGUUUCACUCGCAACUUGAAGUGAAUGGAUACAAGAACCAGACCACCUUUGUCACCUUAACUUAUUUCCUAUUGAUGUUAACUUUAACUUAGAAUGUUAGACAUAAAUAUGAUUGUUGUAUAUUUUAUACCAAGACCAUUCUGUAAAUAUGAAUUUAUAUUACUUUUGAAAUGCUUCUGAGAUACUAUUAUUUGCUGUACAAUGUAAUUCGAAAACAGAUAUGCAAACAAGUAUGUCUCUUUCAUGGAUAUUUAAACAGUGAGAUCUUCCAUGUUGAAGGUGAUGUAAUUUUUUUAAAAGAUUUUUAAAUUUUAAAUUGCUAUUUUGUUACAAAAAUAGAGAAAAUAUAAAGGUUUGAGAAGUCCUUAUUUGCCCUCAGGGAAAGAGCCCUCUGUGCACCAGAACUCCACAGAACAUCUUCAGCAUGAUCUGAGGGUGAAUAUAUACUACAUAAAUUGAUUGUGUAUUUACCUUAACUUUUUAAUUUUAAAAUUGCAAUUUUAAAAACUUGGUUGUGCUCUGCUGGAGGGGGAUUGGGAUAAGCUGCUUACACACAUUUGCCUGUUUGUCCAGUGAAAUUACAUGAGCCUAACAUAUUCCUGCCAACCAUUUUGGCAUAUUUAAGAAGAGAUGUAUCUAUAUACUCGUCUGCAGCAGGAGGUCCCAUGAUAUAGCAGUUCUCUAGUAUGACCAUACACUUCAUAUGGAAAGUUGGUUCUUAACUGAGGCUAGGAUUUUUUAGUUGAAUUUUUUUUAUAUAUAGAAUGACAGGCAAAAGAAUUAUUUGGGGGUUUUAACAGCAUGCCAGCUUUGUCUUACAGUUUUAAUACUGUGUGGUUUUUGCCAUGAAACUAGGCCCUCCAGUGCCCAGACAAGGAGAAGCUAUGGGUGGGAGCCUAGUGCUGGCUGGCUUUGAAGUUUCAGCCCUUGACCCUACACAAACAAGGAUGUGUCAAUUUGUCUAGUUGCAAAUCAGGUGCCUUUGGGCUAGGGAAGGGCUUAUUUUCUGGCACUGAGAUACAGUGACAUCUUUGUGUGUUAAUAGCAGUGAUUCCCAUGUAGGUUUUGGCCUAACUUACCUGUGCUGUCAGAAAAAAAGGCCCAUAGCAGAUUGGGGAAAGAGAUUGGCUCUUUUGCUUUGCUUGGACAAGCAUUUUGGGUUGUUUUGGUUUGUUUUUUUGUUUUGUGGGGGUUUUUGUUGGGUUAUUUUGUUGAAAUUUUUUCCCCCACUAGGGGUACAGCAGGGAUUUCACAUGCAAGAGAUACAGGAAUUAUUAGUAUCUAAGUUAAUUGUGUUGCCUCACUACCUGGAUUCAUUCCUUGGUUUGCCUCAUUUCCCACAUAGGUCUUAAUAGAGACUAAUGCUUGUGCUGGGAGAAUGCUUGUGUGAGAAAGUAAUUAUCUGUACAUUCUUAACGUAUACUUAGAGCAGAGUGAUUGCCCUGCUACUGAUAUUUUGUUCCUGUAAACAGGUGACAAGAAAUGAUUCUUAGUGUUUAUGCAGAUUUUGCAUUGUAGAAUGUAUACUAGACCCUUCAAAGGAAAGGUUAGACUCUUUGCAAAGCAAACUGGCAUUGGUUCUUGGUAGUCUAGUACAGGGACACUAAAGUUUGGCAUUUGAUUUAGGAAAGAAGAAAAAAAAAAAGCUGUAUGCAGCUAAUUAUGUUAAAUAAGCUCUUAAUUGCUCUUUGUGGAAGCCUAAUUUGGAAGGUUUUAGUGCUUUGAUAACACAGUUGAAAUUUUAAUUUAUCCUGUACUCAAGAGCUGAAUGCUGUUCGUGUAUAAUAGUGUACUAGGCUGGAUGAGGUACAAAAUAAUGCACAGUGGUCAGAAACAGCUGAGGAAAGAAUAUUUAAAAUUACUUGAUCUAAACUCAGAAUAGUUCCAAACAUUGUUUUUGUUUUGCUUUUUUAAAGCACAAGUUGUCAAGUUGUACCUGUUGCUGUACAUAAACACUGUAUGCCAGCAGCUCCUUGAUCAUAUUUGUGAACAGACUUUUCAUUAUUAUUAGACUGUUAUUAAAGGAAGAUGUGGCAUUUGAGAGUGUAACAAAAUGAGAAAUGAUCGGAUUAUCUAUAGUAUGUAAAAGUCCAUUCUUUAUGUUGUAGUUUAAUCCCUUUGUUAGGAAAUUCCCUCUCAUUGAGGGACCUCUUCUGCAAGCAGAACACAAUAAAUGUGCUUUUUUUAAAUGACCCAAUUUUCCAGUAUAAAUGAACAGCUGACUGGCAGUAGUCAUCACCAUGCAUCUCUUUGCUGGCAAGGGAGCACAACAAGGAAAGAAAAAAAAAAAAACCAAACCCCAAACUGUCAGUGAUGAGAUGAAACAAAUCUGAAUAAUCAAAAUGACCAAUAGGUGAACAUAAUACUACACCCCGUUAUUUAAGAAGGAUGCUUGUGGAAGCUUUUAAUCACUCAAGUUUUUGCUGUAAAAGCGAAAAUAAAACAGAGCCUGGCUGCAUUUAUUACUGCCAAAAGCCAAGGUCAUUUGCACAUAGCCCAUCAAUUUAUCCAGAGUAGAUCUCAGUUAAUCCAAGGCAUGGAAAUGCAUGCAUUUUCUUAGCUGGGCAAACAAGUACAUUAUACAGUAGUUGUGAUACAACACAUGUGGCUUUUAUUUGUACUGCACAUACCCACUGUACAGCCACUCAGAAGUAUUGUGGUUAGCUUGCAGCAUCUGCUGUCCGCAUUUAUACUGUUUACUGCGUAUUCUUUUCCCUGGAAGUUUUAAAGAAAAUUUUUUUUCUUGUUGCAUUGAUUACAUUUUAUAAAUUUGCUUAGCUGGAAAGUUUGGGAAAAGAGGCCUGUUUGUCAAUUGUACAACCGAUUGUGAAGCUCUAGUGUGAAUAUUUUUACGUCUGUAUUAGACAUUUUCUUUGCAAAUCUAUUGUUCGAUUGAAAUGUAAAUGAAAUAAAAGAUGGUGUACACCCAUCAUGUAUAAAGCAGGCACCAUCGCUACGAUGGAUUUAAUGCUCAUUUUUAUGGCGCAUUCUCAGCUUCUAUUUAAAACUAUAAUUUAAAAAAAAUAAUCUGUAAAAUGAAAUGGGGAUAUAUGGGGGAGUAAAUUCUAUUCCGUUUAUUUCGGUUUUGAGUUCCCAUGGUAACGUCCCUUGGUGUUAGAGGUAGGGGGGCCCCGGCGGCGGGGCGCUGCUGUGUUUGCUGUAGCACUGAAGUGAAGAGGUUGUAGCUUUGGCUGGUCACGGAGUAGAGCAUCCUGGUUUUUCAGUGUUUGAGAGACUUGAUGGAAGAAGUUUGCAGUAUUGACAUGUAUUUGCAUGCACGAAUAAAAAUUAUUUGUCCACCUUAAA